AUGGAAAUGUUUCGUGUAGCUAUUGCUCUUGCUAAUCACUACAAAAUCUAUGUGAAUGGUCAUCCCAUCAAUUACACUAUUAUUCAGACAAAUACCAAUACCAAUGGCUUUACAGAACUCGAAGUUGUCUGCCGAUCAAUUACUAAUCAAACAGAAUCUGAUGUUAUAGGUAUCGUCGGACCUGCAAGUUCAAUUAAUGCACGUUAUCUUGCUCCAUUUGCUGCACGUCUAGGUUUACCACUUGUUUCUUAUGCUGCAACAAAUGCUGAUCUUGAUGAUACAUUUAUUUAUCCAACAUUCUAUCGUACUAUACCAUCGGAUAAUCUUCUUGCUGAAGCUAUUGUAAAAUUAUUCAAAUAUUUUUCAUGGACAACUUGUACAAUAAUUAUUGGUAAAGAUGAUUAUGGUUAUGGUGGAUUGAAAACAUUAUCAGAACUUUAUUAUUUAAAUUUAUCAAUUCAAGAACGAUUAAUAUUUGAUCCGUGGCAUGAUAAAUUUAAUGUUGAUUUAAAACAAACAUUAGAAAAAAGUCGAUCUCGUAUUGUAUUAGUUUGGGCUAAUCAAAGUUCAACUACAAGAAUUACUCAACAUGCACUUGAUGCAGAACUUCUUGGCAAAAGCUAUGUAUGGAUAAUGACAAAUAAGCACUAUUUUCAGAUUGAUAUCAAUACAUUCAAACAAGAUGAUUGGUUGAAGUUAAGAGGUGUUUUUGCUGUCGUACCUGUUAUAGGUAAUAGUAGUCCCUUUGGUGUUAAUGAAACAUUACAAAAAGAAGUUUUCAAUAUAUGGCAUAAUUUGUCAAAUGAUAAAACCAAUGUUCCAGAAUGUUUAUCCGAUGUUAGUCCAUUUGCCAUGUAUACAUUUGAUGCUGUUUGGGCUUUGAUUCAAGCAUUAAAUAAAUCAUCGCUUGACAACAAAUCACCAUCAAUGAAUAAAUCAUCUACAUGCUUUGAUAGUUUAUUGAUAAAUCAUACCGAGUAUCUUAUGUAUUUGCAAAAUACUAGUUUUUUCGGUGUGUCAGGAAAUAUUCAUUUUCAUAAAAAUCAUUCAUAUGACCGUACUCAUGGUGCCAUGUAUGGUCUCUACAAUAUACAAGGUAUAAAGCAAAACUCUAGUAGAGGAAAACGAUUACCAAGUUAUAAACAAAUAAUGACAUGGUAUGAAAUAAAACAUAAUUGGACGAAUUCCACUGACCAAGGCAAUAGUAACAUCAUUUGGCCCAACAAUGGAUUAGACACAGUGCCUACUGAUUAUCCACAACUUCGAGGUCAGGAAAAAGUUUAUUGA